ACCUGGUGGGAGAACUGGCUGCAGCGGUCAGGAAGAAGAAUUUGCACUUUGGAUUGUACCAUUCUAUGUUUGAAUGGUUCAACCCACUUUACCUGGCUGACACAGCUUCCGGCUUCAAGAACCAGGACUUUGUGUUUGGCAAGGCGCUCCCAGAGCUGGUACAGCUGGUGAAAAAUUACAAGCCGGAUCUGAUCUGGUCGGACGGGGACUGGACUGCACCGGACACCUACUGGAACUCCACCGAGUUCCUGGCCUGGCUCUACAACGACAGCCCGGUCAAGGAUGUGGUGGUGACCAAUGACAGGUGGGGUAAGGGCUGCUACUGCAAGCAUGGCGGUUACUACAACUGCGCCGACCGCUACUCGCCCACCGAAGUGCCCACCCACAAGUGGGAGAAGUGCCAGACCAUCGACAGCCUGUCCUGGGGCUACCGCAGAUACAUGAAGGCCACGGAACUGCUCACCCUGCCCAACAUCCUGAAGGACAUGAUGUACGUGGUGGCCUUCGGUGGGAACUACCUGCUGAACAUCGGACCCAUGAGCGACGGCAUGAUCCCCCCGGUGUUCGAGGAGAGGCUGCGGGACAUCGGCAGCUGGCUGAAGAUUAACGGGGAGGCGGUGUACGGCUCCAAGGCCUGGAGGAACCAGACCGAGCCGGCGGUCGUCCCCCUCUUGUGAGUCCGUCGCUGAGUGGGAGAAGGCGGAGUUAGUUAUUGUGGGUUAUAUGAGGCUACCUUCAUGACUCUUUCAGGCCAACACAUAGCCCA